UUGCAGGAUGCACAGUCUUCUAAAAUAACAGCAGAGGCUGAAGAACUUCAGAAGGAUGCAUCAUCGAGCGGUUCGGAUUUCGAAACAAUUGAAGGAGAACUUGAUCGCGACAUAAAAGAAAGAGACGCGCUGGCUGCAAGAAUCAGAAAACGCGAAAAAGAGAAGACUAGAAACGUACUCGAGCAGAAAAGGAAGAUACCGGAUAACAAGGAAAAGGAGGGUUUUACUAUUGAAAAAUUGCGGGAGGAGUCAAGAAGAUUGUAUCUUGCCAAAAGAAAAGAUGAUAAGCUAGAUGAAUUGCGUCAUGUGGUUAUGGACGAUGAGACUUUAUUUGCCCAUGAGGAGCUUACGGAAAAGGAACGCAAAGAUAUGGAAUAUCGCAAAAAAGUGCUUGAAUAUGCUGAGCAGCAUGAGAAAGCUGCGGAUAUCAUGAAGACUAAGCGUUAUUACGUUCCUGAUGCUAAAGUUAGAUCAGUUCCUACGGAGUACAUUGAGGAACCGGAAGAGUAUCGUCAUGGAGGAGCAAGAAGCGGAUGGGGCCUGAGACGCGUUCGGCGUCAGGCUGCAUUUCAUCGGGUGGCGGACUUUAUGAACGAUAGCUAUUGCCAGCCGGCAGGUUGGGACCGCUCCGUGCGUUGCUCGAUAGGCGAGCUCUUUUUACACUAGUA